AUGUCCAAUACUAAUUACAAUUAUAGGAAUGAGGCUAUGAAAUUACUAAAGUUUACAGAAGAGAUGAUUUGCGUCGCUAAGGUGCCUGCAGAGAUGAGGCAUAGAAUGGUAACUGAACGUCGUUUUCGCAGUCAGUUUAGGAAAAUAUCCAGCGCGGAGACAUCUAUAAAUCGUUGUGAAUAUUUUGAUAUUCCCAUAGCUACCGCACAAGCUUACAUAACAGACUAUGAAGAUCUAGGCGCUAUUUAUGAUGUAAACCCAUCUGUUCAUAAGACGCCUUUACCUGAAAAGAUUUCAUCGAGGCAACAGCUGAAUCAUCCAAAACAUAUGACUCUGGUGACGGAAAAAUCAAUGGGCCAUCUGAAAUAUGCUCAACGUAUUAGCCCAGAGCUCCUUCUAGCUGAUAUAUCAGUAAAUGAACCUAAUGCAAAUGCUAAAAAGGUUGAAAACAAAUCACUUUGCCCCCGUUUAGAUUAUACCAAUACUGCAAAUGAUGUCAAUAAUGCUGCGAAUAAUGCGAACCCUUCUAAUGUAUUAGAAAAUAAGCCACCGAGUAAAAGAACGUCACCAGUGUUCAACGCUAAAAGUAGGUAUACUCCAUAUUCAACAUCCUUCUCUAACGUUGGAGGCCUAUGUGACGCAAGCAUUCAGUAUGUGGGACAGGCCAAAACGAAACAAGCAAAGACUACAAUGCUUUUCGGCGAAACAACGACUAAAGAGAGGUCAAACCGAAGCAAAACGACAAAACACAAGUCUCCAAUGUCCAAACCAACAUUUGUCGAAGUAUCCCGACCACUACAAACAAACAAAAGACCUUAUGAAGUGUCUAAAGCAAUACCUAAUAAAAACUUGACAGUAUUUGACACCAAAUCAAGAUUUAACAGUGAUAGAGUAUAUUCGACUUUACAAAAGCUUCCUUCAAGCGAUCAUGUACGAUCAAGAUACAACAAUAACUUAACGAUAAAAGCGAAUUCGUCCAACAAUUCAUAUCAAAACGAUCGUGCCUUAAAUCCACCUCCGCAAUAUACAAACUACUCUGGUGCGCCAAAUACUAAUAAAAAACUACCCAAGUCGUUGAAAAGAAUUAGCGAUAUUGCGAAAAAGUAUCACCUGGAAGAAGACUAG